CCUCUUCUCAUUUAUCUCGUGUCUUCAUUUACUGCUCCCUCUCUCCCUCUCUGACUCAACCCUCCGUCUCACUUUCUCUCCACCUUUCUCUUCCCUGCCUCUCGCAUUAAUAUCUCCCUCCCCUCCCCUUCCCCACUCGCCCCUCAGAAACCGCCAUUGAUUCUUCCCUCCAAAGCAAUGCCGGCAUCGGCGGUGGAACACGAUUUCUUCCGCAUGGAGAAACACGCCAGCUCCUCCGCUACCGCCAAGCUCUUCGAUCGUCGAAGAAGCCUUCGAGAUAUUCAGAGCGUCGUCUCCAAGCUGAACCCUGAGCUCCUGAAGACUCUGAUUGCUUCAACUGGUUCCGUACAUCACAGCCCCAAAUCGUCAGAAAAUUGUGGCCUCUUCUUCCCAAAAUCGGUUCCCUCUACGCCGAAGCUCGAAGAGACUCACUUUCCUACUUUUCCCGCCUAUACUCCUAACAUCGGGGCGAAGACUUGCAGUGUUCCUGAAUCAAGUCCUCUGACAAUUUUCUACAACGGAACUGUGGUCGUUUUCCAUGUUUCCAAGGACAAGGCAGAGAGUAUCCUGAAACUGGCGGAGGAGCAAGUCUCCAAGGCCUCUGAGGAAACAGCAGAUACGAAACUUGCAAUGUCUUCAACCCAUCGAACUCAGCUGCUGGAUUCUCUCAGUGGCGAUCUACCAAUCGCCCGGCGAAAGUCGCUCCAACGAUUUCUGGAAAAGCGCAAAGGGCGGCUUAAUGAAGCAGCGUCGCCUUAUGGCAGCCCCUCCGCGUUGGGCAAAUAGAGAGAGAAUACUUGAUUAAUACAUACUUGGGGAAGCCUACUUUAGUCACUUUAUUUAAUGUGGGUUUUGAUAAGGAAAUUAAAGUAGAAGAUGAAGACGUGUGCGUGUUGCUUUCGUUUUUUUGGCAAUUGGCAUUGAAGCUGCGUGCUGCGGGAGCCUCGACGCUUCCUGGCAAUUUCCAACUUUGAAUGUACCUAUAUAUCCUUACCUUUUGUGACUGUGACGUCUGUAUGCGUUCGAAUCUUUGAUUUCUUUAAGCCAUGUUCUUGUAACAUAUGCAUUUAAUUUUUUUGUACUCGUAGGUAACUUGUCCAUCUAAUUUGUCAAUUGGCAUUGCCUUGGUUUAUUUUUCUAUUCAUCUAA